GGUGGGCGUGGGGAGUGCUGGUCACAUUCUCCUAGGUUCACGAAGGGGACGCGUCAACAUGGGAGCCUACAAGUACCUGGAGGAGCUCUGGCGGAAGAAGCAGAGCGAUGUGCUCCGCUUCGUGCUCCGCGUGCGCGCGUGGGAGUACCGCCAGCUCCCCCGCGUGUGCAAGGUGUCCCACCCCACCCGCACGGACAAGGCCCACCGCCUCGGCUACAAGGCCAAGCAGGGCUACACAAUGGUGCGUGUGGCGGUCCGCCGCGGUGGACGCAAGAGGCCCAACGCAAAGGGUAUCGUGUACGGUAAACCGAAGCACCACGGUAUCAACAAGAUCAAGGCCGUGCGCAACUUGAGGUCCGUCGCCGAGGAGCGCGUGGGCGCCAAGUUCACGAACAUGCGCGUCCUCAACUCUUACUGGAUCAACCAGGAUGCCACCUUCAAGUACUACGAGGUGAUCACCGUGGACCCGUCCCACAUGGCCAUCCGCAACGACCCGCGCAUCCAGUGGAUCACAAAGCCGGUGAUGAAGCACAGGGAGUGCCGCGGCCUCACCUCCGCCGGCCGCCAACACCGCGGCCUGCGCAAGAAGGGCCACCGCGCCAACAACCUCAUCGGCUCCUCCCGCCGCGCGGCCUGGAAGCGCCGCAACACUCUCUCCCUCAAGCGGUACCGCUGAUCUGGGAAUUAUGGUGGCCCCCGGGCGGGACUGGGGCGGCGAAAAACGGCGUUGGGGGGCUCCGCGGUAUCAGCCAUUGGCGUGGUUGGGUUCCUUUGGUGUUGGCGGGCGCAACGUGCAAGGAAGGGCCGUCGUGGCAGGCAGCUGCUGCGUGGGUCGCUUGGUGUUGCUUUUUUCCGGCUGCAGAAGGCUUUUGACGCUUUCCUCUAAAGUUUUCUUGCGUUUUUCCUAUGGGCCCUAGGCCCCCCGUGUCUCAGGGCGUGUAGUAGCGCCGGUGACAAAUAUUCGUGAACUUGGAGAACAAAAAAUUGAAAAACAUCGUUGGAGAAGCCUCGCGAAGCCGGUGCGUGCCCUUUUCGACUACAUCGCAAGUGUGGCUAGCAUGGAGCUCGCCGUGUUUGUUUAGUUUCGUUCGUCCGCUAUGCCAAAAGUUGGUCGGGGCUGCUCUCCACAUGAGAAGCUUCAAGGCUUGUUGGUUCUCGUGGUUUUUCCUGGACGAGCUUGCACAUGUUGACCUCAACGCGCUCACCCCCCGGCGUACGUAAUGCUGGGGAGUGUGGCCAGCUGCUCUCUACCCAAACACCACUGCCUGCCACCAUGACUCACGCUCGAGUGCACAUCUUACGCGACGGCAAAUGUUUUUCUUAAAUCAAAUGUGAACCUGAGCUUGAAAAAAAAUCAUCAAACCGCAGGCCAUAAGCACACAAGUCCGACUCACACACACAAUGCUGUAGCACACAUCGAGUUCAGCAGAGGAGGGAGAACCUUGCCUUCGGGUGGCGGUGUCAGCGUGCCUCUCAUCAUGUUACCAUGCCAACCCCGCCGAACCCUGGUGUUGCAAACCGACGUACGUAUAUACAAGUGAUCCUUCACUCGCUGGAAGGUGGUGUGCACGGGUCCGUCGACGGAUUGUGCCAAGAAGAAACAAUGGCACGCAGAGAGUGACAUCAAUCCUCUUGCUCAAGAACGACUCUGUUUCCGAGUCGCAGCGAUCGGAACUCUCUCUUUGCACCACCUUAGCUACCGAAACGCAGCGCCAGCGGAGCACUGUAUGUACGUCAAACGCGCUCACAAAGAGCAAAUUCUUUCCAUACCAUCGGCAUGUGCCGUGUUUUGCAGCUAACGAUGAUAUUGGAGGCGCCUCUCUGAAAUGCGGAGCAAAAAAGUUGGACUCGAGACGACAGCAAACCAACCAGAUGAGGCCCGUCGAAGCCAGCGUUGUACUAAGAGCGGACAAACACGCACACACACUUCCCUCAUGCACAUCAACACUCGCACAAGAUGAUCAACCUUCACCAAAAACGUAACAAAGAGUGUGGAAAGUGCAGACACGCCAAAACGCGUAGCGCAAUUAUAAGUAUGCAUACAAACUCCGCAACUGAAUCAAUAAAACGCGGAAAAUCGCAUCGAGUACUCGUACUUCUGCAUGACCGUUUCUUCCUCCUUCAUCGUUCCCUUCCUCCUAGAGCUCUCGGGUGUUUGGCUCACCCUCCAAGCCUUCAAGGGACCCACCCGCCCACAGCAAGCCCACACGGCGUAUCGGCGGAUGGAACACAUGUUCCAUUCCUACCUCUCACAGAUGACAAGGUCUGUGGCAACAAAACGUCCGCCGUGAACAAAAACAGGGCACACGUCCCCUCCCCCCGAACACCUAAUGCAACCGCGACGCCCCCGGCACAGUUUGAACCUGAAACUGGCCCCCGCCCCAGACCGCCCCCGCUCCCGCGCCCUCCCCGACAACCCCUGCGGGCGAUUGCGCAACUCCGAUCCCUGCUUGGGCAACGCUUGCCCCGCCGCCGCACCGCAGUCCGAUCGAGGCCGCGGACUGGGCCGCGGCAAUGGAGGUGGCUGCCGCUUCUGCUACUGAAGUUCCGGACCUCUGGCGCUCCACGACACCGUGAUGCCUUAAGCGGUCGAACGUGGUCAAGUUUUGGAGAGCCGCCGUCGCGCUGGUCCCGAAGGAAGGGAUAAUCGAUUGUUGCUGUUGCUGUUGCUGUUGCUGCUGCUGCUGCUGCUGCUGCUGCUGCUGCUGCGGUAGUCCUGCAAACCCAGCCGCCGCGGUUCCGAGUGCGUUCGGUUGGCCAAAGGUGGCCAAAUGCCGCUGCUGCUGGUAAUGCAGUUGCUGCUGUUGAUGCUGGCGCUGUCCUCCCGCCACCUCAGUGGCAGGGAAGUCCAGACCACCCCGUGGCGACUGAGGCGACCCCUCCUCUCGCUGUUGUUGUUGCUGCU